CAGUGUAAAUGCCAGGGCAAUGUCCCGUCGCAAGCAGGGAAACCCGCAGCACUUGUCACAAAGAGAGAUUAUCACACAGGCUGACCAUGUGGAACCGGCACUGGCCGACGAGGACGAGAGCCUGGCAAUAGCAGACCCAGGCGGCAUCGGCAUCGCCGCAGGCGGGACAGACCCCGACUUGUUAACCUGUGGACAGUGUCAGAUGAACUUCCCGCUGGGAGACAUCUUGGUUUUUAUAGAGCACAAGAGAAAACAGUGCAAUGGCACUGGUGGUGUCUGCUAUGAAAAGAGCAUGGAUAAGAGCAGCCCUCCCCCCUCCUCACGCGCCGAGCUCAGGAAAGUGUCAGAGCCAGUGGAAAUCGGGAUCCAAGUCACACCCGACGAAGAAGACCGUCUUCUCACGCCUACAAAAGGAAUUUGCCCCAAGCAGGAGAACAUUGCAGGGCCGUCCAGGCCUGCAAACCUGCCGGGGGCUCCCAUAGCUGCCUCCUCCCACCCUCACACAUCCGUGAUCACGUCACCUCUCCGCGCACUGGCCUCCCUCCCGCCCUGCCUUAGCCUGCCCUGCUGUGGUGCACGUGCAGUCUCAGUUGGCGGGACUCAGACUGAGAUUCAGACUGAGACGUCAGGCACAUUUGGAUGUCAUUGUCAGUUGUCAGGUAAAGAUGAGCCUUCAAGCUAUAUUUGCACAACAUGCAAGCAGCCUUUUAAUAGCGCUUGGUUCUUGCUUCAGCAUGCCCAGAACACACAUGGAUUCCGCAUCUACCUGGAAACAAGCCCUUCAAACAGUUCCCUUACUCCACGCAUCACCAUCCCUCCUCCUCUGGGACCGGAGACUGUUGCACAGUCCCCGCUGAUGAAUUUUCUUGGAGACAACAACCCUUUCAACCUUUUGCGCAUGACAGGACCCAUCUUGCGUGAACACCCUGGCUUUGGUGAGGGUCGGCUCCCAAACACGCCUCCGCUGUUCAGCCCACCGCCUCGUCAUCAUCUGGAUCCACAUCGCCUUAGUGCCGAAGAAAUGGGGUUAGUUGCCCAGCAUCCCAGUGCCUUUGACAGAGUUAUGCGUUUAAACCCCAUGGCAAUUGAGUCCCCAGCGAUGGAUUUCUCCAGAAGGCUUCGAGAGCUGGCAGGAAACAGUUCCACCCCUCCGCCAGUCUCACCCAGUCGCACCAACCCUAUGCAUCGUCUGUUGAAUCCCUUUCAGCCAAGUCCUAAAUCACCUUUUUUGAGCACCCCACCACUGCCCCCCAUGCCCCCCAGCAGCACUACGCCUCCCCAGCCUCAGGCCAAGAGCAAGUCCUGUGAAUUUUGUGGGAAAACAUUCAAGUUCCAGAGUAACCUUAUCGUGCACCGGCGCAGUCACACAGGAGAAAAGCCCUACAAGUGUCAGCUCUGUGACCAUGCUUGCUCCCAGGCCAGCAAGCUAAAACGCCACAUGAAAACGCAUAUGCAUAAAGCUGGCUCCAUGACGGGCAGGUCAGAUGAUGGGCUGUCCACCACUAGUUCCCCCGAGCCAGGCACAAGUGAGCUCACUGGAGAGGGACUGAAAUCCAGUGAGGCAGAUUUCAGGAAUGAGAGCGAUCCUUCCCUGGGCCAUGACAACGAAGAAGAGGAAGAGGAGGAGGAGGAGGAAGAGGAGCUUGAAAAUGAGAGCCGGCCAGAGUCGAGCUUUAGUAUGGACUCAGAGCUUAGUCGUAACCGAGAAAAUGGCUCCAAGUCGCUGCCGGAUGAGAAGUCCCUCGUCCUGGGAAAAGUCAUUGAGAAUGUAAGUCUAGGUGCCAUUCAGCAAUAUAACGACAUGUUAGCUGAGAAACAGAAGAGGAGUAGCUUCAUGAAAAGGUCCUCUGACCAGCGAGACUUGUGUCCUCGAGACCUCUGUCAGAGAGAUCCGGGCGAUGAAGACUCAGUGGUAGGAGAGCUGGACCGCACUGAGGAAGGUACGGUCAAUGGAAGAAACUUUGGCCCGGGUGAACCCUUCCCAAACUUGUUUCCCCGCAAGCCAACACCUAUCACAAGCCCCAGUUUAAACAAUUCCUCUAAAAGAAUAAAGGUAGAGAAAGAUUUGGACUUGCCACCAGCAACGAUAAUACCUUCUGAAAAUGUUUACUCCCAGUGGCUGGUAGGGUAUGCAGCAUCGCGGCACUUCAUGAAGGAUCCGUUCCUCGGAUUCACAGACUCCCGACAAUCCCCCUUUGCGACCUCUUCCGAGCACUCAUCGGAGAACGGGAGCCUGCGUUUCUCCACUCCGCCGGGGGACAUGCUGGACGGGGGGCUCUCAGGGCGCAGCGGCACGGCGAGCGGAGGCAGCACCCCCCACAUCAGUGGACCCGGCCCCGGGCGACCCAGUUCGAAGGAGGGACGCAGGAGCGAUACAUGUGAGUACUGUGGCAAGGUCUUUAAGAACUGCAGCAAUUUGACGGUACACCGUCGGAGCCACACUGGAGAGCGGCCUUACAAAUGCGAGCUCUGCAACUAUGCAUGUGCCCAGAGCAGUAAGCUGACGCGCCAUAUGAAAACGCAUGGCCAGAUAGGGAAGGAGGUCUACCGCUGCGACAUUUGCCAGAUGCCCUUCAGUGUUUACAGCACCCUGGAGAAACACAUGAAAAAGUGGCAUGGAGAACAUUUGCUGACAAAUGACGUCAAAAUUGAGCAGGCAGAAAGAAGCUAA